GGAGGUGGCUCAAAAGGGGCUGUCAUCGCCCAGGCAGUAGGUGUAGAGUCCUGGGUGGAUCCCAGGCUGGCCUGACACUAGGACCUCUUGGGGGGGGGUGCUCCACAGCCUGGACCCCAGAACCCCAUGACACCAGGGCCUGUGUAACAGCAGUAGUAGUGACCGUGCAGCCAGAAGUUACUGAGAGCCCUGGGGGUGCUCCUUGGAUUUUACUGCCGGCUCCAGGCAGAGCUCCGUGAACAUUUUCUGCCCCACCCCUUUAAAAAAUUGAAAAAUAUAUCCUCUCUAGUGCAUUUUCAAGUUGACAACUAAAACUUCUCUUUAUAAGUUCAAGUAGUUGCAAAAGGUAGUAAUUUGUAGUGUAUUAUGAAUAUUGACAUAUUCAAACAGAGCUGGCACAUCCUUCCUUUGAAGCAUCUAACAUAGUCCACAUAUUCUGGUGAAUUCGUGCCGGCUAAUGUCUGGCUUAAAAAAGAAAAAGAAAAAAAGAACCAGCUCUUCUUUAACAGUCAGAAAUUUUACAUUGUUCCUUUUUGUCCUUGGACUUAACUUGCAGUGCCCCUCCGGACAGAAUUCUGUCUCUUGAAUUAUGUACCAGCAACCAAAAUAUGUACAGAAAUUCAAGUUUUAAUUUUAUUUAACUUCCUGUGACCAUAAGGUUCUGAAUGUUAAAAUAUUUUCUUCUGGAUUGAAUAAAUUUAAAAUUAUGAGUGCACUGUUACAUAAAGCAUUUCAUGUAUGACGUAUUUUCAUGAAUAAUUCUUAAACCCUAACAGUGAAAUGGUAUGUUGGAACUGGAUCUCCACAUGAGCUAGACAGGGCAUCCCCAGUCAUUUCACGUGUCCUGGAUGAAUAUUCAUUAUUACAGGAAUGAGUCAGGGUUCAGCAUCAAUCCUGCCUUGGUUUUUAAGACUCAAGUGCUGAGAACUUUCCUUCACAAAGAAGCAGCUAGGCAAGGAAGUUUCUGUUCCGGCAGCACCUGUCAACUCUGGAGCUACCUCCAAGUGUACCACUGGGUGGAGAUGCGGACCAAGAUGCGCAUCAUGGGCUUCCGGGGCACGGUCAUCAAGCCGCUGAACGAGGCUGCGGCCGCCGAUCUGGGCGCCGAGCUGCUGGGCGAGGCCACCAUUUUCAUCGUGGGCGGCGGCUGCAUGGUGCUGGAGUACUGGCGCCACCAGACGAACCAGCGCCACAAGGAGGAGGAGCAGCGCGCCGCUUGGGACGCGAUGCAGGACGAGGUGGGCCGCCUGGCACUAGCUUUUGAGGCCCUGCAGGCGCAGAUGCAGGCGACACCGCCGCCCGGCGCCUUGGAGGAGCUGCGGGCGCAGAUGCAAGAGGUGCGCGCCCAGCUCUGUGCCCGGGACGGCGAUGCGCCCUCCGCGCCCCAGGCGAUAUCCACAUCCGAGAAAUAGGAGGAUGCUGAAGCCUGAACUUGGAUGUGGCCAUGUGUGCCCUGAUGUGGCCUUCUCCCCGCGCUACCCCUGCCUGUGCUGGCCCAGCGGAAACCACCGGGAUCUUGAUGGAACUUGGGCUUUGGUCACCCUCUGUUGACCAGUGGUAUCUUCCACUGGGACUGUGAAGCUUCCAACAUAGCCCCCUCCAACCUCUAGCUCAUUGGUACAGUCCACAGUGCUCAUCUCUCCAACCCCUCCCCACACCACGCAGACCUACAAUGUCCCAGCCAGCAGGACAACAGCUCACUCUUCUGGCGGAAGAAAAAAUGGAACCAGUACUUGAGCCCAAUCAACCUGUCAAUCCCUCAUUUACCUGGUCAGUGUUACCUUUCCCUGGGACGCUUGUAUCACACCGGACACCCCCUUCUUUUUGUCAGUUGGUACAGACCAUUGUAAGGAAUGCAGUAUCUUUCAGUGGACUUCUGACCCUCUCACCUUCUGAGGUGCUCUGUAGCUGGGCAUCAUCCCCUUUUUGAGGGGAAAAAAGGAUCCUGGCUUGCAGUUGAUCCACGGAAUAUUGUACCCUUAAUCUGAUCCUUGAUAUCUUCCCUCGAGACCCCAAGUGGAAUAUUCCAACAACCCCCCUCAUCCUUCAGUCUAUGGCACAACCCCCGGAGUGGCUGUCCAGUCUUCUCAGGCAGUGCCCUCCCAACCCCGCUUUGGUGGUGAAAACAUUGAUCCUACCUAGGGCUAUUCCAUCCUGUCUCUCAGCCUCAGCUUCCUGUUUGCCUGUCCCCAAAGUCCAUGGGCCUUUCCUGACAUGUCCUUUCUGACCUUUCCCACUCUUUUUCAUUGGCCUCUCGGGGACUGCCGGCCAUGGAUUAGAUGAUCACAUCCCCCAUGUUUCAUUUAAAUCUGUCGAUCUGUGCUCUUGCCCUCCACCCCUGGGACUCUGGACUGGUCCAAUAGCCCCCCAUUCGUGCAGUGGUACCUUCUGCCUCCCAAAACCCCAAACCCCACCUCCAUCCCAUUGGACUAGGCCACUUGUUGGUCUUACCUUCUUUGGUAGUUUCCUAAGGCUGCUGUAACAAAUUACCACAAACCUGGUGGCUUAAAACCACAAGAAUUUAUUCUGUCACAGUUCUAGAGGCCACAGAUCCAAAAUUAAGGGUCAGCAGGGCUGCACCCCCUCUGAAGGCUCUAGCGGAAGGUCCUUCAUUGCCUCUUCCAGCUUCUGGGGGCUCCAGGUGUUCUGGGCUUGUGGCUGCCUAUCUCCAGUCUCUGCCUCCAUCUCCACAGCCUUCUCCUUUUCUGUCUCUUACAAAGAUACCUGGGCAUUGGAUGUAGGGCCACUCUAAAUCUAGGAUGGUUUCACUUAGAGAUUCUUAAUUCCACCUAUAAAUACCCUUUUUCCAAGUAAAUUCGCAUUCACAGGUUCCAUGGGUUAGGAUGUAGACACCUUUGGGGGCGCAGCAUUCAACCCACUGUACCUCCCCACUCCGAGAGUAUUCUGUGACUGCUGACAACCCCGUGGGACAUUCAGCCUUCCAAACGGGUUAAAGGAACAGUCCAGGAACUACCCUUCACAACUUGGUUUCUCUUCCAGGACUCACCCCUGAAGCAGGGAGGGCUGUGGGCCCCAGCAGUAUGCAUUCUGUUUUUCAGACUGUAGAUGUUUAAGGAGCCCCGGGAUGAGGGACUCAUGUUAAGGAUGUGUCUGAGAGCCAUGAUAUGGAUCUUCAAAAUGGGUACCAAGCUCAUUAAAAUCAGGGGAGAAGCUGAGAGAUCUGAUGGGGGUGAAUGGGCAGAGCGUCAUCCUGUGAACUCUCUCAGAUGGGGAAACUGAGGCCCAAGGGAAGCAAAGGGACUUGUCCAAGGCUACGAAGCCCGUGAAGAACAGGUUUCACUGGGGAGACAGAGGCGUCCAGAUUUUCCUAGGUGCAGGGCGAGGAGGAGGAAGAGAAGAGGGAGGCCGAGUGGGGGAGGGGCAGUGUCGGGCGUGGGGUCCCUCCAUCCCCUGUCAGAGCAGCCCCACAUCACACCCGAGACUGAGCAUUUUAGUGAGCGGAGUUAGAGUCAUUCCACCGGGGCCCCUUUCCAAGAAACGGGAGAGACAGGUUUUCUCUCACCUCCUCACCUCACUUCCCCAGGGGUUUAAAAAUGAUCUGGACGCAAGACCUACGCAGAUAGAAAACCAGGAAACUGGGGUUCUGAAACAUCAUCUGAAUUCCUUGUAGAAGAGGGGGAGAAGCUGGUGUAGAGGGAGCUGGGGGGGGGUGUCUUUGCAGGUGUCCCAAUUGGGUUAAAUGAUGAAGGGUAAAGGCAAGAGAGAUACCACUGCAUGAAAGGGUGAUGGACAGAGCCAGGUGAGCAGGCUCGGUGCCUGGUUUCCAUGGUUACCCCUGGGGGUCCACUCUGGCACUGAUAUCUCUGGAGCACAGGUUGCUGGAGGCCGGGAGGCCCAGGGAUGGUAAAUAGCAGUCAUUCUAACAGAUGGAGUUUAUUGAGCUCUGGUUAGGUGCUGGGCACUGUUUGAGGGAUUUAUAUACCCCAAUAACAUUAUGUUUUUCAUUUCGUGAGGAAACUGAGGCACAGAGAAGGCAAAUCACCUGCCCAAGGUCACACAGGCAGAGAAGAGGUGGAGGUGGGACGUGAAGACAGUCAAUCUGGACCAGAGUGCAAGCCUCUAACCCCCGCUCCAUUUUGCCUCUGAUGUAGCACGGCCCUAAUGUCUGUGAGAUUCAAAACCUAGCUGUCACGUGCCCUGACCUGUAGCCAGACCUGAGGGAUGCAACAGCUUCACCCCCCGGGUGGUGGGUGUGAGCGGGUGUGUGCAAGUGGAAGGAACCGCCUCUCACAGUGCACGAGGCCAGAGGAUGGAGGGUUUAUCCCUCUGGCUUCCUUCUAGCAAAAGUUUGUAUACAUUUGCGACUUGGGGAGAGGGGUUAGAAUAAAUUUGUAAUUCAAGUUGGUUGUCUUCAAAUUGAUGUAUUUUUUUUCAUAUUUGAAAAACCCGUCAACCUUAGGGAAAGAAUUCUUCGUUUAUUCUUUCAUUCAAGAACCUGUCCCCCAGGUGCCUACUGUGUGCCCUGCCCUGCCCGGUGCUGUGUGCGUUCCCAGUGGGGACCAUGACAGCCCCCACCCUGCCCUCAAGGCUCACAGUCCAGUAGGGGGACAGACAGAUGCACACACACACAUUUCUCUUCCAGUGUUGCCUGCCCCACCCCAGGUUAUUUGGGAAGAAGGAGCCAAGCUGAUUCUAGACACCUCCCCUCCUGCGGGACUCAGGGCUUUCGGGAGUAAAGCACAGAGAAACCCAUGCACACUGUCUCACAAAAGCCUCCCGCCACGUCCGAGGGUUCUGCCUCUCCCAUUUCCUGGCAGGCCCUUUGUCCCCUGUGUUGGUUUCCCUGCCUGGUAGGCUGUCGCCUGGCAAGAGCCACCGCAGAAUCAAACGGACUUCAUAAAGCUGCUGCCUGAUCCACUGGCUCAUCCAGCCAUCCCUGCACGAGCCCCUGUGACGCUGUGUGGCCAGGCUGGGGCCCCCAGCCCCAGUGGACAGAGGGAGAGGAGAAGCAUGCCCAAAGGAGAACUGAGUGGGCAUCAUCCACCUGCUCGUUAAACACGUGUAUUGAGCACCUACUGCAUGCCUGGCCCUGUUCUAGUAGCUGGGAAUAAAUCGGGAACAGGACAAUGUCCCCACCACUAUGGAGCUGAAAUCCAGUGCAAGACAGGGUCAGAGGAGUGUCAGAGGAGGCCACGUUUGAGACAAGCCCCGAAGGACUGAGAAGGUUAUUAGCAUGUAUAAAGGCCCUGAGGCCAGUAUGGGGUCCGCCUGUUUCUGGAACAGCAAGGAUUUCUGUUACCAGAAUAGAGUGGGGGUUGGUGGACUGAGGUCCUCAGGCCAGAUCCAGCAACCCACUGCCUGUCUUUGUAAAUAAAGAUUUAUUGGAAAGCAGCCACACUCAGCCGUUAUAUGUUUUCUAUGUCUGCCUUUGCACUAAAUGGCAGAGUUGAGUAUUUGCGAUAGAUAUCAUUUGGCCUUCAAAGAGGAAAAUAUUUACUGUCUAGCCCUUUGCAUAAAGAGUUUACCAGCCCUGGAAGAGAGUAAGCAAGGAGAGGGAUGAGGAGGGGGUCAGGAGAACAAGUCGGCUUGGCACAACUCUGGAGGGUCACAGCAGCUCCAGGCACCCCAUCGGAUCAACUGUUGGGCCUGCAUCCACUUCAGCUUCUCUCUGCCCAACCCUGCUUUGUUCACUCCCCACCCACAGGAGCCGUUCCCAGAGACUCCGCAACAACCCUACGGCACACAGAUCUCAGUCUCCAUCUCAAUCUAUGACAUAUAGACUAUGUAAUCCACAACAUGCAUACUUACGUAAUAAUUUUAAUUCACCCUAAAUAUGUAUUAUGAAUACCUCAUAAUUCAUGCAUUAUGUGACAUAAUCUAUAAUGGAAUAUAAAUUUUAUGUAACAUGUGU